AAAACCAGUUCAUAACCCGAUUCCUACACCGCUAUGCGCUAUCAAGAAUUAUUAUUUUUUAUAAUUUGUGAUUUUCUAUUUUGUGUAUUUUAAACGGGUCGGAUCUUAUUGGAGAAAUGGAGUCAGGAGGGAAAGUGAAAAAGGGAGCGGGAGGAAGGAAAGGUGGGGGUCCGAAGAAGAAACCGGUAACUCGGUCAGUGAGAGCCGGUCUUCAGUUUCCAGUUGGAAGAAUUGGGAGGUACUUGAAGAAGGGAAGAUAUGCACAGCGGGUUGGUACUGGUGCUCCUGUUUACAUGGCUGCUGUUCUUGAGUACUUAGCUGCUGAAGUAUUGGAGUUGGCAGGGAAUGCAGCAAGAGACAACAAGAAGAACAGGAUAAUACCAAGACAUGUAUUGCUUGCUGUGAGAAACGAUGAGGAACUUGGAAAAUUGCUAGCCGGUGUUACCAUUGCUCAUGGAGGAGUCUUGCCUAAUAUUAAUCCUGUUCUCUUGCCUAAAAAGACUGAGAAAGCUACCAAAGAACCCACCAAGUCUCCCUCCAAGGCUACCAAGUCACCAAAGAAGGCUUAAAAAGUUUGUCUCACCAUAGAAAGCUCAAGAAGCUUCUCCUGUUGUAUGUAAUUUUGGGUUUCAUGGUUGAUCUUAUUUUGUUGAUGAUGUGUAGGCGAACUUUAAUUUUUUUUUUUUUUUUAAAGUAUGUAGUACUACUGCUAGAAUGUGGCAUCUCAGAUUAAUAGAUGAAACUACAUGUUUCUGCUUUUCAUUA